AUCAUCCAUCGUUCAGUUCAGCCGUCAGCCAUUCGGAUUCAGUCAGACAUCGUCACAAGACUUGUCGUCCCUGGUAAUCUCUGGUGUAUUCUCGCGUAGUCGCUCAAAAAACUUGAACUUUUCGGUGCAAACUUGCCAGACUCAAGUGGAUUUGAUAAAGUAGUGAAAUCAAAACCCGGAACCGUUCGACAAUUUCGGUGGAUUCGGAAUUCGUCAUCGUCGUGUUUUCUCAUUCGAAUCGAUCCGUGAAAUUGCAGUUCUGCUGUCGGUCAUCAUUAUUGUCAUACUUCAGGAGUGGGAGUGUUUUCUGAAUACGUGAAUCAACAUCAGUCAUGAAUAGAGAAGCGAGUGAAAAGUGUCGUAUGCUGUUUGUUUGACGUCUCUCUCGGUGUAUUUCAACUUCGAGAGCAGGAAAACAAAUCUAGGAAAAAACGACCGAAGAAUAAGACAUAGUGUCACAAGAAAAAGUUGGAAGUAAUAAGAAAAAAAGUGCGAAAUAUCCAGAAGAAGUAAAACAUCGGCUGUCAGAAGGCACAUUUCCGACGAUUGGAUCGACCCGUCAGUUGGACCGUGUCCCCCUAGAGUGUGAGUGGGUGUGUGUGUGUGUGUGUGUGUGGGUGCUCGUGUGUGAAGGUGUGGGAGGAGUAGGUGUGAAAGUGGAAACCCAAGCGUAAAGUCCGUCGAAACGCUGGAUCUGUAGCGUACGGUUGGCCAUCGGUAGAAGGCACACCAUGAACCACCUGCCAGGAUCGUCUCCGCGGUCACCGGCGCCUUCGCCCGAUCCGGAUGUGGACGACGGUAGCAGCAAGAAGCAAGCCACCAGGGUAUUCAAAAAGAGCUCCUCCAACGGCAAAAUAACAGUCUACCUAGGAAAACGUGAUUUCGUGGACCACAUAACGCACGUCGAUCCCAUAGAUGGCGUGGUGCUGAUAGAUCCGGACUACGUGAAAGAUCGUAAAGUGUUCGGACACGUACUGGCCGCCUUCCGAUACGGGCGCGAAGACUUGGACGUGCUCGGGCUAACGUUCCGAAAAGACUUGUACCUGGCCUCCGAACAGAUCUUCCCACCGCAGGAAACGGACCGACCGCUGACCCGGCUCCAGGAGCGGCUGAUCCGCAAACUCGGCCCCAAUGCCUACCCGUUCUACUUCGAAGUGCCGCCACACUGUCCCGCCUCGGUGUCCCUGCAGCCGGCACCCGGGGACACCGGCAAACCGUGCGGUGUGGACUACGAGCUGAAGGCCUUUGUCGGCGAAACGCCCGAGGACAAACCGCACAAGCGGAAUUCGGUACGGUUAGCGAUUAGGAAAAUUAUGUACGCCCCCUCGAAGCUGGGCGAGCAGCCAUCGAUCGAGGUCAGCAAGGAGUACAUACUGAAACCAAAUAAAAUCCACCUGGAGGCGAGUCUGGACAAGGAGCUUUAUCACCACGGCGAAAGUUUAUCGGUGAAUGUACAUAUAGCGAAUAAUUCGAGUAAAACGGUUAAGAAAAUCAAAGUGUCUGUGCGGCAGUUCGCGGACAUUUGCCUGUUUUCGACGGCGCAGUACAAGUGCACCGUGGCAGAAGUCGAGUCAGAGGACGGAUGUCAAGUGGCGCCCGGAUUCACACUGUCCAAAGUGUUUACGCUGACUCCACUGUUGGCCAACAACAAAGACAAAUGGGGCCUGGCACUCGACGGGCAGCUCAAGCACGAGGAUACCAAUCUGGCCUCCAGCACGUUGUCUCGCAACAUGGUCGAUGGAAAAUAUAGAAUCGCCGAUCCUUCCCAGCGAGAGAACCUCGGCAUUAUCGUGCAGUAUAAAGUGAAGGUUAAGCUGUGCAUUACACCGUUGGGCGGUGACCUGGUGGCAGAGUUGCCAUUCAUCCUGAUGCACCCGAAACCGGACGACGACGAACCGCUGAUAGGGGGAGAACGAUCGCCAGGCCGAACGAUUGGCAACUCGGACAAGCUGCAUCCGGGAGCGGGAGGGGCCGGCGGUGGCGCGGGAACCGGUGCCAGUGACCUGAACAAGAACAGCACCAACCGGGGCGACGCCAGUAAAGAGGACGGCCCCAAUCUGAUCCAACUGGAUGGCGAUGAGAACUGUCCAGAUGACGACAUAAUCUUCGAGGAUUUUGCUCGGUUACGUUUGAAAGGUGCAGAAACGGAAGCCUAAUAAAAAGCGAACGCAAAACUCCGGGUUUGGAAAUUCAAAUUUUGUAAACGAAUGAUCGCACGCGCACACACGUGUAUCCUGUCCUGUAUGUGUGGGUAUCCUUCAUGACGAGCGAGCAGCACCGUAGUAAGCCGCAGCAGUAGCAACCGCAGCGACAACCAGCACUGUGUAUUGUCUGUCUUGUAGUGGUAGAUGUAAGAGGAGAGUAAUGUGGAGUACAUUAGUAUGAGUAAGAGCGCGUGCAUCAUUUUUUAGCUGUACCAAAAGCCAGAACAUAAAAAAGAACUUUGGUGGAGCGGAGUUUUUGAAUGGUCAGAGAUUGUAGGAAACGCUGGUAGCUUAAAAUAUAAACAAUUAGUAGCAGCAGCUACGCAAAAAAGGACGUUUUAACGGAUACAGGAGCCAACCCACUAUAGAUGCGCAAAAAAAAAAAGAAAAAUAAUCAUGUUUAUAGCAUUUACGAAGCAGGCCGUGCCCGCCUUCGCCUACUAAUACACAAACACAAAUAACAAACGUUAGUCAAAACUGUACGCAAACAAUCGGUCUUUCCGUCGCCUCCUUUUCGAUGUACGAAACGUGUUGACGAGCGUUUAAUAUUAACAUUUCCCUUAUUUAUUAAUGUUAAUUUGUCUGUUUUUAUGUAGGUAUGCCACUUUCUUUUUAGCUUCUAUUUAUUAUCGAUUUUUUUUUGUUUCAAUCAAGCAAGAUUUCUAAUAUAUUCUUUAUUCGUUUCUAGACUAUAGGAGAAGAAAAAUAUGAAGCUUUAGACGGAUUUUCAUAAGCACUGCAAAUAGUAGGUACACCGUACACAAACACAAGAACAAGUUUAGGUCGUCGAUUUAAUUUCAGUAUUUUUACGUAAAUUCUAAACUGAACUCGCUGCUCUAGUGAUGCAUACCACGGAACACAACACAAUAGAACAGCGAGUGCGGAACAGAGGGCACAACCCACACUGACACAACUCUGUGCUGUCCGAUCACUUGCUGUUAGGCAAUGGCGCAAGAGCACUCACACAGGCGCACACACAAUUAGGCACAACAUUAGUUUCACUAUGGCUGUUGUUAAAAUGACGUAGAUAUGAGAACAUCAAGUAUUUGUGAUCAGGUAGCAAACGAUUUCAAUUUUUUGAACUUGACUAACAAACUGGAAUGGAUUUCGAUUGUUCGUGCUGCUUGAGGGAAUGUGGAUAGGCAUACAGUACCGGUUUGCUUGGACGUAAACUGUCGGCCAAACGUUAUGUUCGAACUGAUUUGCGGUGAUUUUAUCUGAGAGAGAGACAGGAGUAUUUCAUACAUACGAUGUGCGAUUUUUAGGAAGUUUUACAUUGAUAACCUAUUUAAUGUUUAAGAAACUGUUGGCUAUUUCGCGAUGUUCAUUUUUUAUUUAACGUUACUAAUCAUCCCUUUCAAUGUGCAACAAUUUGAAUGUCUAAAUGGUUCCCAUUAAUAAUAGAAAUACAUGUGCAAGCUUUCUAUGGGCAAAUGAUAAUCUUUUGGUGCAACUUGUAUAAGAGCGUAACUGACAUCGAAUUCUCUUUAAUGUUUCUAAAAGAAUCGACUAUUAGCCCACUUAAUUAAAUUUAAUCACUUUUUUGAAAAGUAGGCUCGUCACAAUGGAUGACUUGUGCUCCUACUCAUUGUUUCAAAGGCACAAACUGAAGAAAUAGCAAAUCAUUCAAAUAUUGAAAUUGGAUAUCAAGCUGUUUCACUUAAUUCAACCAAGGCAAUAACAAGUUUUGCUACUAGCAACAUAAUUUGCAAUUACUUAGCUAUGUACUUCUUCUUGGGUAGCACAAAUUAUUCACAUGACCACUAUCACGUGAAACUAAUGUGUUGAUACCUAUAUCAUUGAUCUAUGAAAAUCAUAUCUCGCGUUGAAUAUCAUAAGGGUGUAUCUGCAGUGAUGGAUUUCUCUAAAGCGAUUGCCCUUUUUUUUCAAGAAUUUCAGUCAAUUGCCGUUAAAUUUUAUGAUUCAGUAUGAAGAACCAUGAUUAGAACUGCCUUUUGAAACAACAGUCGGAAACAUUCGCUUAGCCAAGUUAUUGGUGACAGACAAAAACGGCGAAGUGAAAUCGAUCAGUGCAGAUACAUCGUUAUGAUACUCAACGCCAGUUUUGUAUACAAAUUUGAAAAAAAAAAUCAUUGUGUGAAUCCAUUAUCCUCAUAAAAAUCAAAUUUUCAAAUAUCGGUUAUGAAUUUCACCAUUAUUAAAUGUCAGUUAUGCUCUUAUUCUAUAUGUAUCUAGAUAUAUUCUUUUUUUCCACAUAAAUAAAACAAAUAUUGAUUUUUUUUUUGUUUUGCGUUGUAUCAAAUACAGUCUAACAGAAAACGGCGCGUGAUUUUCACCACAAAAAAAAAAACUAGCAAACAAUCCUUAUUUUUUACAAAAUUUUUAAAUGAAAAUGUGGCCUCCAUCAAUACCAGAUAGUAGAACAAAAUGAAUAAUUAGGAUUCAGCGAAUUUAUUUCUAGGCCAAUUUGUCGCAAAAUACAUUCACACCUUAACUGUUUCCAACAUCUGAGCAAACAUAAAUAAAGCAAAAACUUCAAUGUCUUCUUCUUUGAUACUUGAAUCGUACUAACCUCUUAAUCAUCACCUUUAAAGCAGAAACAGCCCAUUAACACAAUGGCAAUCCGAUGUUAAAUAGAAACCUGAAUUUGAAGCAGUUAAACUAAAACAGAAACCAUGUUUGGCGUUAGUACUGUUCGGCUAGAUCGGACUUCACUUAGAUGGAAAUUUUUAGUCUAAUCACACAUAUUACAUACACUACAAACAUCCAUCGCAUAACCAAACGUGCAUUUAUGGAAAACAAGAAACAAUGAGGAAAACCAUAUGUAAGAGAGAAGAAAAAUCAACCGUAACUAAAGAAACUCCUCUUUGGGAAGAACACUAGUGUAAUUCAUCGAGAGAUCGGGAAUCAAUGAACAGGCAAAAUCAUACAAUAAAACUUGAAACUAUACCGGAAAGGAUAAAUCGUAAAAUAAGUUGGCAGAAUGAAGAAACAGACGUAGAAAACACAAACAGACACACACAAAAACACAUAGAAAACAAAAAAAACAUGAAUGUAUUAACUGACUGUAAGAUGUAUAUUAAUUAGUUAAAGCAAAAUGUAAUGGGGAAAAUAAAUUUUAAAACAGAUAUGGGAAUAUUCUUCACAACUUGCCCAUCUGUCCGGAAGUCUGUGCAGUUCCAGUGGUGGGACGGCGAUAAACGGGGUCAAGCUUCUCUAGACUCGCGCAGGUGGGAGAGAAAGAGGAGAUACAAUUUU